AUGUCACCAACAUCUCACCAACAUCUCACCAACAUCUCUUUCGAUCUCCCUCCUCCUCUCACCCUGCUCUCCCGCCCUCGUCUCGUCCCCCAUUCCUUCCCCACUGCAGCAUCGCGCGUCUUCAGUCGUGCCCGCUGUCCACAGCUCCCCAUGGCCCUCGUGGCACAGGCGACGGGUGGGUGGAGCGACGGUAGCAGGGUGGAGACUAGCAGCAGCAGCGGUGGAGGGCAGAGGUACAAGGCAGUGAGUCCUGUGGAUGCGCGACAGGUGUGGUUCGUGGUGAGGCGCAGCAACGACGAGCUUUCCACAGACUUCCAGAAAGAGGUGGCGACGCUGUGGGCCAUGCGCCACACCAACCUGCAGCGACUGCUGGGGUACUGCUGGGAGAACCGUGCCACUUCCUUUCACCCUCCCUCGCCUGCUGCUGCUGCUCUUAGUGCUGCUGCUGCUGCCGGUGCUGAUACUGCAAAGAGUGCGAGUGCUGAUAAUGCCAAGAGUGCACGUGCUGAUGCUACUGCUGCUGCCAGUGAUGCAGAGGAGCAAGCAGAGGAGCAAGCAGAGGAGCAAGCAGAGGAGCAAGCAGAGGAGCGAGCAGAGGAGCGAGCAGAGGAGCAAGCAGAGGAGCAAGCAGAGGAGCGAGCAGAGGAGCAGGUGCUGGUGUUUGAGUGGGUGCCAGGAGGCAAUCUGCACACCCGCCUCCUUGCAGGUACACCCACACCUGUCCCCCUGCCCCACCACCCUACUCCCUCCAUGCUUACCCCCCCCCUCCAUGCCUCUGCAUCUUUGCUUGCUUGUUCCCCUGUCUAUUCUCUGGAUGUGACAGGCGGUGUGCUGCGCGGGCUGAAGCACAUCCAGAGUUAUGGGGUCGUGCAUGGCUGCAUACACCCUCGCAACAUCCUGCUUGACACUGCGCUGCAGCCUGUCUUGGCUGGCUGCAUGGCCGUGAAAAUGGGCGACCCCCUCCCAUCCAUCCCCACAGCACCACCACCACCAGCACCAGCAGCACCGCCACUACCAGCAGCAGCACCAGAAGCGGCAGCACCAGAAGCAGCAGCACCAGAAGCAGCAGAAUCAUCGCCAGUGCCAGCAGCAUCAGCAAGGGCAUCGGUGGCAUCACCAGAGAGUGGCACGGGGCGACCUGCCAACCAUGCAUACAUGGACCCAAUCCUGCAUGCCUCUUCUCGCACCACGCCCUCCACGGACGUUUUCAGCAUUGGAGUGGUAAUGCUGCAGCUCAUCACGGGUCGCCCCGCCUUCAUCCCUGCACCUGCACGCACCGACCACCAGCAAGGCACCAGCUCUGGCAGCGGGGAUGGCGGCAGUAGCAGCAACAGCAGCAAGAGCAUCAGCACAAACAGCUACAACAGUAGCAUGAGCACAGGAAGCGGCAACUCUAGUGGCAGUGGCUCAGUGCACAUCCGCGACUGGGCACAGCGCCUAGUGUCACGCAACACAACAGCCCAGCUGCGCGCUGCCCACCUGCCCCAAGCACCCGACGCCAUCGUGCUGCCCAUGGUGCGCCUCGCCCUCUCCUGCACCGCCUCCGACCCCCUCGCCCGGCCCACUGUGACCGACCUGCUGCGCUCCAUCAAGGCUCUCAAGCGCUCCCUCUCCGCCCUCCCACGUCCACCUCCGCCCGGCAACGCAGGGGCGAGCAGGGAUGGUGACACCCCUGGCGCUGCCGCCAGUGGAAGGGAUGAAGAGCACCAGGGUGGGGAGGGUGGGGAUGGGCUUUCUGGGGGUUUUAGUCAGAAUGCGCUGGAUGCAAAGUUAGAAUGGCUUAUGGAGGAAGAGGAUAGUGGUAGGCUUGUGACAGAUGUAUAG